AUGUCGAAGCAAACAUACAGCAUAUGUUUAUGCGUGAAACGAAAAUUCCGGCUGAAAGACGAGGAGGCUCCGGCCGAUAUCAAGGCUUUGUUCGAAAAUUACUCGGAAAACGGAAUAAUGAACGGCGGCCAUUUUCACAAGUUCGUGACCGAGGUUCAGGGAGAUGAUAAGCUCACCGGGGAGGAAGCCGAGGCUUUGAUGAACUCCUUUCUCAACGAACACAAACACUUCAACAUUUUCCACCGCAGCAACACGAGCAGCUUCACCGUUGCACACUUCUUCCGGUACCUCCUGAGUGAGAUUAAUUCUCCUCUUCCUCAUCCAUCUAAGGUGCACCAUGACAUGACGGGCCCAUUGUCCCAUUAUUUUAUCUACACGGGCCACAAUUCAUAUCUCACUGGAAAUCAAAUCAGCAGCGACUCAAGUGAGGUCCCAAUUGUAGCAGCCCUAAAAAGAGGUGUUCGAGUUAUUGAAUUAGAUAUGUGGCCAAAUUCUUCCAAGGAUGACAUCAAUAUAUUGCAUGGAGGGACAUUGACGAAUCCAGUGAAACUGAUUAAAUGUUUGAAAGCAAUUAAAGAAAACGCAUUUGUUGCAUCGGAAUAUCCUGUGAUUAUUACGCUGGAAGAUCAUCUCCCUCCACAGCUUCAAGCAAAAGUUGCAGAGAAGGUUUCUCAAACAUUCGAAGACGUAUUAUUUUGCUCACAAUCAGAAUCCCUGGUAGAGUUCCCAUCGCCGGAUUCGCUUAGGACACGUGUCAUCAUCUCAACAAAACAACCCAAAGUGACCAAAAAUCUCGAGACGAGCGAAAAUCAGGUGCGCGAGUCGUCGGAAGAGAUAUCGUGGGGCAAGGAAAUCUCGGAUUUGAGCGCGAGACUUAGCAAUGACGAUCGAGAUACCAACGACCAGGAAUACGAGAAUGUUAAGAUUGAUAAUAGCUCGAGGCAAAAUGUCGUGGCGCCGCCCGAGUACAAGCAUUUGAUCGCGAUACGAAACGAGAAAAUGAAAGGUGGGAUUAAAGAGUGGCUGCGAGUUGAUACCGAAUAUGCCCAUCGGGUGAGCCUGAACGAGGAGAAGCUCGAGAAGGCCGUUUCGACUCAUGGGACUGAAAUUAUCAGAUUCAACCAGAAGAACUUGAUGAGAGUGUACCCAAAAGCUACAAGAAUUGACUCUUCCAAUUUCAAUCCUUUUAUUGGGUGGAUGCAUGGUGCUCAGAUGGUUGCUUUUAACAUGCAGACACAUGGAAGGCCUCUUUGGUUGAUGCAAGGAAUGUUCAGAGCAAAUGGUAGUUGUGGUUAUGUGAAAAAGCCAGACCUUUUGCUAAACAAUGGCCAGAAUAAUGAGGUCUUUGAUCCUAAACUACAAUUACCCGUGAAAACUACUCUCAAGAUCAAAGUAUACAUGGGAGAAGGGUGGAAUAUCGAUUUCCAUCGAACUCAUUUCGAUCUUUAUUCCCCACCGGACUUUUAUGUCAAGAUUGGUAUUGCUGGGGUGCCUUGUGAUUCAACUAUGAGAAGAACUAAGGCAAUUGAGGACAAUUGGACGCCUGUUUGGAAUGAGGAGUUUGAGUUCAAAUUAACCGUCCCGGAGCUGGCUUUGCUAAGGGUGGAAGUUCACGAAUUCGACAUGUCAGACAAGGACGAUUUCGGAGGCCAAACAUGCCUUCCGGUUUCCGAGUUGAGGACUGGGGUUCGUGCUGUGCCGCUGCACGACGAGAAAGGAGAAAAAUACAAGUCUGUCAAGUUACUCAUGCACUUUCAAUUUGUAUGA